AUGAGGAUCCGAUUUUCAUUUGCAGGUGUCUUCCUGCUCCUUCUUCUAGCUGCCGCAUACGCCGGCCUUACCUCAUUGCAACUCGGCCACAUUGUCAAUGAUAAAGUAUUGCAUGUUGCUACAUUCUUUGUUUUGACCGUGGUAUUUUACUGGAUUGUGGAUACAAACCGACGCCGAACGCUUCACAUGACCCUCAUCGUCUGUACCUUGAUCCUGGGUAUCGGCUCUGAGUUUCUUCAGAGCUUCCUCCCGAAUGGCCGCGAAUUCGACAUGUAUGAUAUUGUUGCCAACAUCGUGGGCAGUCUGGCUGGUCUAGGACUUUGCGCCUGGUAUCACAAGCGCAUGCUAGAUCGUCGGCGACAGCGUAAAACAUACAAUGCGGUCCCUGGGGAAGACGAAGCGGACCUAGAACUUGGCGAGGGUCAUGAGACGGGGGUCGCUGACGAAGCCCCGCGAGCUCGGACCUUGGAGGAAGAGGUUGAUAAUUGGGACGAAAACGCGCAGGACGAUUGGGAUGAGGAAGAUGUUGCUGAUGGCAAUACAUCAAAGAAGACCAAUGACACAGAAGUUCCGGGCCCAAGCGACGCGAAAAAGCGUGCUGAUUGA